UUGGAUGGGAAGUGGGAAGGAUCUGAAAGUCAGAUUUGUCAAGGUCUGGAUCUCGACAGGGGAAGCAGUGGGGCUGUUUCCUUUAGUCCUGCCCCUCGCCUCUUCUCAUCCCGGCGACAAACAAACGAUAAACUUGCACGCUAAUCACAAUGCAUGAAGAAUAAGAAAGAGUGAAGCAGAGAGACAAGAGAGAGAGAGAGAGGAGAAGAAGGAAGACAAAAGGAAGAGGAAGAGGAGAUAGAUUAUUAUAGCGUCUUUGCUCCACGCCUCAUGGGUCGUGUCUAGUUGACUCUAGCCACCGACGACGGUCCCCUCGACCCCGAGCCUUGCGCUGCCUAUAUAAGUAGGCCUUCGCGGCCCUCGUUUCUUCCCACCCUUCACUGUUCGAUCCUUCUGUUACAUGAGGAAAUAGAGAAGGCAGCAUUGAACACACCAAACUGAAAGAAAGAAGAAGCAACAUCUCUCCCUCUGUCUGUGUGUGUCUCUCUCUGUGGUUGAGAUGGGGGGACUCCAUUAUUGCUGGAUGGUGGUGGCGUUAAUGGCAGUUGGUGUGGGGAUGGUGAGGACAUGGGCGGCGGUGUGGUGGAGGCCAAGGAAGAUGGAGACCCACUUUGCCAGGCAGGGGGUGAGGGGGCCGCCAUACAGGUUGUUCAUCGGCAACGUUAGGGAGAUAGUGUCUCUGAUGAUGCAGGCCACCUCUCGCCCUAUGUCUCCUUCCCACAACAUCCUGCCCAGGGUCCUCUCUUUCUACCACCACUGGAAGAAAAUCUAUGGAAGGACGUUCCUCAUAUGGUUCGGACCUACACCGAGGCUCACAGUUGCCGAUCCCGACCUCAUUCGCGAAAUUUUCGUGUCCAAGUCGGAAUGCUACGAGAAGAACGAGUCGCACCCGCUUGUGCGCCAGCUCGAAGGCGACGGCCUCCUUAGCCUCAAGGGAGAGAAAUGGGCUCACCACAGACGGAUCAUCUCCCCCACCUUUCACAUGGAAAACCUUAAGGUGUUGAUUCCGGCGAUGGGACAGAGUGUGGUGGAGAUGGUGGAAAAAUGGGAGAGCGAGGCGUCGCAGUCCGGUGCCGGCGAGAAAGAGGUCGAUGUUUCCGAGUGUUUCCAGAGCUUAACGGAGGAGAUCAUCACCCGAACUGCAUUUGGGGUGAGCUUCGAAGAUGGAAAAUCCAUCUUUGGCCUCCAAACUCAGCAAAUGCUUUUCGCCGCUGAGGCUUUUAACAAAGUGUUCGUGCCCGGUUACAGAUUCCUGCCAACCAAGAGAAACGCAGAGACACGGAGGCUGGACAGGGACAUAAAGAAGUCUUUAGUGGAUUUGAUUCAUAAAAGGCAAGAAAAGUCAGAAUCCGGAGACAACGUGUCGGAGCGAAACCAAGACCUUUUGGGGAGGAUGAUUGCCGCCAGCGACCGGCCGGCGACCGGCAGGCCUUGCGGCAGCCCGGGGGUGGCGAUCACGGUGCAGGACAUCGUGGAGGAGUGCAAGACCUUCUUCUUCGCCGGAAAGCAGACGACGUCCAACCUGCUGACGUGGACCACCGUGCUGCUCGCCAUGCACCCCGAGUGGCAGGAGGCGGCACGUGCCGAGGUUAUCCGGCACUGUGGCUGCCGUGCCGUCCCCACCAAGGACUCCGUCGCCCGGCUCAAAACGAUGAGCAUGAUCCUGAACGAGUCGCUGAGACUGUACCCACCGGCCGUCGCAACGAUACGCCGAGCAAAGUCAGACGUCUCGCUGGGCCCGUAUCGGAUACCAGCGGGCAUGGAGCUCCUGAUCCCGAUACUGGCAGUCCAUCACGACCCGAGACUCUGGGGAAGCGACGCGACCGAGUUUAACCCGGGACGUUUCGCGGACGGCGUCGCCCGUGCCGCAAAGCACCCCAUGUCGUUCAUCCCCUUUGGGCUCGGACCCAGGACCUGCAUUGGUCAGAACUUGGCCCUCCUCCAAGCCAAGCUCGUUCUGGCCAUUCUACUCCAAAGAUUCUCGUUUAGACCGUCUCCCUCGUAUAAGCACGCACCGACCGUGCUCAUGCUGCUCUACCCACAGCACGGCGCUCCAAUUUUGUUCACGCCGUUGAAACCUUGCCGCCACUCCGAUCAGCACUCUCAUCUUGAUCGUUCUUUGUAGCAAUUCUCCGGCCUCAGUGGCCGAUCUGCUCGUCUUUGUAUGUAAUCAUAAUAUACCUUCAAUUGUUUGUAUACGAUUUUGCAGUUUCUACACUAAUGAGGUUGUGUGGUG